UUAUCCCUUUUAUUCCGUGAAGAAGACCUUGACUUAAACCAUUCAGUCCAUUUAUAACACUUGCUUCUUCUCUGUUGAGCUUUUGGUUCUUAUACAAUUAAAAAAUCCGUGUAAAGAUUAUGUUAUUUUGCUUCAACUUGAAGAUCAAAGAUCUGCCUUGAACAUCUGAAAAAGGUAAAUUACUACUUAGUUAAUUGUUUUCUCUGUAAUAACUUUUUAUGCUCUCUGUAAUAUAUCAAUUUUAUGUUAUAUAAUCUGAUUUUUAGAUCCUAAGAAAAUUGUUUUGUCAGCUAAAUUACACAAGUGGUCACACAAAAUUAUUUUUAUUUUUUGUUGCAUGAAAGUCACUGAGGCCCCAGUUCAUAGGUGUGCGAGAUUGGCUUUGGAUUGUUUUAGGCGGGGUAGGGUUAGGCCGAAGAAAUAGAGGAGGGGGUGAUUAGAUGUGACAUGAAGCAGUUACAACUUACUGUGGGUAGAGGGCUAGUGCAUGUGGGUGUAGCUUGGAUAGUAAUCGUGGGGCUGUGUGCAUAGGUGGAGUUUCUAACUAGGAGGGUUCGGGCUAGGUGUGUGCUUUUGGUUUGAUAGUGUAUAAUAAUACUCUGUGGAUGUUUUAUUACGCCUUUGUUUACCGUCUUUUUGUCCUGGCCGGGGUUCUAUGGGUGGUCUAUCGGAAACAUCCUCUCUACCUCUUCAGAGGUAGUGGUAUGGGCCACGUACACUUUACCUUCCCCAUUGGCUACACCCCACUUGAUGGGAAUACACUUGUACUUUUUGGAAUAUCAUGGAAGUUGUUGUUGGGAAGGUAGUUGACGCGAUAGAGAAGGCGGAUACAUGUUCGUAAAGAAGAUUAUCAUAAACUUUGGUAAGAAUUUGGUAACUCCGGAAUGAAAUGUAAAGCAAUUUUCAGAUAAAGCAGUCGAUAUGAAGACAGAGGUCGAGAAUCAAGAGCGAUCUGGGAGGAAGAAGAGGAAACAACAAGUUGAAUCUUGGUUUAACGAGGUUGAACAGCUCGAAGAAGAAUUACGUCAGUUCAAAGAAGCAGCAACAAGAGGGAAGAAAAAUAGAGUUGUUUUGAAGAAGUUGAAAUGGAAGAGUGUUCAAUGCAGAUGCAACCAGUUCAGGAGGAAAAAUUGAAACAGAAUUUAGAAGUGAUUUGGACGUGGUUAUUGGAUGAGAAUGUCUCAAGCAUCGGUAUAUGGUAUGGGAGGGGUGGGAAAGAAUCACUUUGGCAAAGCAUACGUAUAAUCGUCUUCGUAGUACUUCUCAAGUCCAUUGGGUUAUUGUCUCUCAAGGGUUUAGCAUCAAAGGAUUAUAAGACGAUCUUGCCAAAAUUGUGAAUCUGAACCUAUUAGACGUGGAGGAUAAACACAGAAGGGCGGACCAAUUUAACUGGGCAUUCAGAAAAAGGAAAACAUUGUUAUCAUAUUGGAUGAUGUCUGGGAUCGCCUUAGCUUGGAGAAGUUGGAUUACCCUCUUGGUGUGGCCGGCUGCAAACUGAUUCUAACAAGCCUCUCUUCUGAAGUCUGCCAAAAGAUGGGUUGUAAGGAACUACUCGAAGUAAAGAAACUCAAUACUGAGACUCGGCUUAGUCCAGAUAUUGAGCGAAUUGCCAAAUCAAUGGCUGGAAGGUGCGAGGGCUUGCCGCUUGGGCUCAUCACUUUGGGGGGAAGCAUGAGCGGGGUGACUGAUAUGAGGGAGUGGAAGAAUGCUUCGAGAGAAUUCCCCGAUGACUUGGAAAAUGAUGUCUUCAAGGUACCGAAGUAUAGUUAUGAUCGGUUGAGAGAUACAACUAUGCUAGAGUGCUUCUUGUAUUGUGCUUUGUAUCCCAAGGAUGAUGCAAUUGGCAGAGAUGAACUAAUUGGUAGAUUUAUAAUGGAGGGGACUGGUGAAGGGAAAUAGUAGGGAAGAAGAGUUUAACCAGGGCCAUACCAUAUUGAAUAAACUAGUGAAACUCUCCUUACUUGAAGCAGUAAGGAUGCAUGAUCUACUCAGAGAAAUGGCAUUGCGGAUCACAAAUGAUUAACCAAGGUACAUGGUAAGGGAUGGAAUAGGAUCACAAGUGUUGGCGGAGCAGGAUUGGGUGUUCAAUUUGGAUAGAGUCUCUUUUACGACAGCAAGAUAAAGAGAAUCCCUGAAGACAUGGCACCCAAUUGCCCGACAUUAUCAACCUUGAUUUUGUCCUAUUGUGGUUUGACAAUGAUCCCAGGUUCUUUCUUUCAGUACAUGAACAACCUCCAAGUACUCGACUUGAGCUACAACUCAGAGCUUAUGGAUUUACCGAGUUCCAUUUCUAACUUGGAAAGUCUUACGGCACUCUCGCUUCGAGGAUGUGGUGGGCUCAAAUCUGUGCCAGCACUGGGAAAGCUAAAGAAUCUGAGGGUGUUGGAUGUAUUUCAGACUGGUAUUAAGGAAGUACCUCAAGGCAUGGAAAACUUAGUCAAGCUUAAAUUUCUAGAUAUGGGUGGAAUAGAUCUUGAUGACUUGGCCAGCUUGGAACUGCUCGAAGAAUUCAGAGGCGGGUUCUGUGAUUUGCAUAACUUUCACAAGUUCACGAGUAGUCACCAUAACUAUGAGAAAGAUUGGUGGUAUAACAUAUUUGUGGGGCCACCAGUGUCCGAUUUUCUACUUGGUGGUGGCUUUGAUGACUGCAUACCGAAACAGAGAAGAGUGAUUGUAGAACAUUGCACCAUUGAAGCAGGUGGAGGAGAAGCAGCAACAUCAAUUUUUCUUCCACAUGGCAUUGACAUUCUAGAGGUCAUGUUUUGCCGUGGGCUGAGUAGCUGCUUUGUGGACAAUUUUCUGUCACGGACUACUUCUUUAAGAGGCUUGACCUGUAGGAUCUUUGGUUGUGAUGACAUAGAAUGGAUCGUCAACGUGCCCUCUGGUAGAAAUACUACUACAGACCCGCACUGCAUACCUUUCCAUAGUCUGGAUGUUCACCACUUGCAAAAUCUUGUUGGGCUCUGUAAGGGAAAGAUUGCAUCUCACAACUUCUCCGGUCUAACAGAAUUGGUUAUCCACCACUGCUCUAGGAUGUUGUUGUUGUUUCCACGGGCUAUCUUGCAGGAUCUGAAGAACCUUGAGAAGCUUGCUGUAGGUUGGUGUUUUGAGAUGGAAGAGAUAAUUGGAAGAGGGGAAGGAGAGGGAAGUAGCCAAAGCAGCAGUACAUAUACAACUGCUGACCUUCCUAAGCUAAAAAAGCUCCAACUGUACAAUCUGCCUGAAUUGAAGAGUAUCUGUGAGGGAAAACUGAUGUGUGAUUCCCUUAAAUCCAUGGAAUUUGUUAAGUGCCCCAAACUGAAGAGGAUGCCUUUCUAUACUCCACCUACAAAUGAACAUCCUUUUCCAUCCCUUGGAGAAAUCAGAGUUUAUGAAGAAAAUUGGUGGGAAAGAUUGGAGUGGGAACAAUCCCAUCUCAACACCCUCUUCCAACCUUACAUUAUAUAUAUUGUAAAUAGUUAGUUACACUCUUUAUUAACUAACUAUUUCUCUGUAAUGACACACUCUUCACUCUGUUCCUUUUUACCCCAAACAAACGUCUCUUGUAUUGUCCUUCAUCAUGUAUUAAAUCUAUAUAUUGGUAUAGAUGGAUUUUAAAAAAAUAUGUAGUAUAUAUUGUGUGUUUAAUCCCCUAAUUCGGGUUCUUAUUACAUUUUUUUUUGUA